UAUAACAGUCCUAAUACAUGUCCACCCUGUGCGUCUCGGAUCAGACCCCUCCAGCUCCAUCGUGACUGCAUCACAGCUGAGUGGAUCUCAGGGUCCAUUUGCGUCGCCAGUGCGUUGCAGCUUUAACCGGUCCAUCAUGCCUUGCGGUGUCCCGGUUCAGUUCCGACGCAAUUAACAACAACCUCAGUGGUCUCCCCUCAGUGGUGGUGGCGGGCACAGCAGCAGGCUAACAGGCGCAGCAGCACAUGCAGGGAGCCCAAUAUCAGAUGUCCAGUAACCGGUCGGACGCGUGUUGACAUCCACACGGGUUGUGACAGAGGCGGGGAUGUGCGCACGGCGUUAACUCUGCUGCAGCCAGGCGCGGAAUAAACAGGAUCUCCCGCAUGUAACCCGCAUAACAUGCAGCGGAAAGUAGCGGAUUUUACCCCAGAGAGAGACACACACCGAGGCUACAGCACAACGGGGGAGUUUCACAUGCUCUGACAUACAGUGAUCUGCUGCUGAAAACAGGAUGGACAGUUGAACAUUAUUAGCACCCCUUUGUGGUGUGGAGGAAUGAGGGCCUCUGAAUGAAGGCCAUGGAGCUGAAAGUGUGGGUGGAUGGAGUGCAGCGCAUCGUGUGCGGGGUUACAGAGUUCACCACAUGCCAGGAAGUGGUCAUUGCUUUGGCGCAAGCCAUUGGGCGCACCGGCAGGUACACUUUGAUCGAAAAAUGGCGUGAGACAGAACGUCACCUGGCCCCACACGAGAAUCCUGUGGUGUCCCUCAACAAGUGGGGUCAGUAUGCCAGUGAUGUCCAGCUCAUCCUCCAACGAACAGGCCCAUCUGUUAGCGAACGGCCCACCUCUGACGGGCAGGCUCGCGUCCCGGAGCGUGGUUUCUAUCGGCAGAGCCUGCCACCUCUGGCCAAGCUCCGCCCGUCAGGGACAGACCGCUCACUCAAACGAAGGGAACCCAAACGCAAGUCUUUGACCUUCACUGGAGGGGCCAAGGGUCUGAGGGACAUAUUUGGGAAAAGCAGAGAUGCUGAAGCCAAACAGCUACAGCAGCAGGGGGUGAGUCUGAACCUGAGCAGGGUUGGAGGUGUUGGAGUAGCAUCUGUACCUGGGAGUCCAGCCAGAGAGCUGAGCCGACUGGUGCAGCUGCAGAGAGACAAACUCCAGGCCCUGGAGAGCCGUCUGCUGGGCUGCGAGGCCGAACUGCGAGACUGGGAGGAGACCGGCGGCGAAGCCAACAAAGGAGGAAACUUGGAGGAGGAGCUGCUGCUUUUAGAGCAGCAGGUGAGGAGGAACGAUGCAGAGAUGGAGGAGGAGGAAUUCUGGCAGAACGAGCUGCAGAUUGAGCAUGAGAGCGAGCGGCAACUUCGGCAACAGCUAGUCGAGCUGCAGGGCCGUGUACGUGACUGUGAAGCCAAGCUUUCAGAGUACUUGGCACACAUACAGAGCCUGGAGGGAGGCCUGGAGCAGGAGCGGCUGCAGCAGGAGGCCGAGCUCAACCAGAGGGUCAGUGAGGAGGAGGUGCAAGCCCAGCUGGAGAAAGUGAAGGCAGAGCUUGAAAUGCAGAGCCAACACACGGCGCGGCUGGAGAGCAGCUGCAGGGCGCUGGAACGCUCACUUAGCCAGUCCAGCAAGAGAUUACAGGAGAAGGAGCAGGAGCUGGAGCAGCUGACAAAAGAGCUACGACAGGUCAACCUGCAGCAGUUCAUUCAGCAGACUGGUACCAAGGUCACUGUGCUGCCAGCUCAACCUACAGGAGAAAACAACAACGAAGUGGACUCUGGUUCUCUGAAACGACUUGGCUCUUCUCGUCUGCUACCCAGCGACCUUCGGACCCUUCAAAGCACCGUGUCCUCCAGCCUCAACCCUGAAGGCAUCUACGUGUGACCCCAAUCUGUGCAGGAGACAUUACUUGAGCAGCAGGGUCAGCCUGGUGUCACUAGGAUUGCUCCCCUGACUGAAAGGCUCCCAAGAAUCGACCCCCUAAGCUGCUGAAAUGCUCCUGAGCAAGGAACUGAAACAAAAUGUGGAGGCGAUAACAUCACAUGGAGGAUGUGCGGGGUAUCACAAAAAAAAAAAAUCGUACAUCUGUUUUGCAUCUUUCCUUCUCUGCCUCCUCUUCCAUCUUACUACGACUCAAACUGAUGUCAAUACUCAUUUGCAAACUAACAUUUAACCUGUCUGUACUUCAAUGAGUGAGUGAAUAUUCCUCUUAAAUCACUUUCUCAGAACAAAACAAAAACAAACUAUAAGCCAGCAGAUGCAUUUUUGUUGCCUGUGGAGGCUUCAGCCAAACAGCGCAGACGAACUUUAUUUUUAUGUUGUAAAUCAUGAACAAAGUUUGAACACAUGUAAACAUAAUCCAUGCACGAGCAUGCACAAACACCGACACCACACCUGUGCAUAGCCAUAUCUGAUUGCCUUACUCUGGUGUUUUUAAAACCAGACGUCAAUGAUGUUAAAACAGAACUCAAGGUAGCUACUGAACUAUGCGCCAUAUAAAUUUGAUAAAAUACUUGGCACCAAUUCAGGUGAUACCUAGUCAUGGUAACUGAUGUCAGUAUAACUCUACUUUGGCUCAAUCUUUCACAUGAGUUUGAAUUUAUCAUAUUGAUUUUAACUGGGGAUUCAUUUGUCUCAUAUUUCCUGUGUUUGUAAAAAAUGUUUGCCUUUAAUAUAAAGUAAACGACAGAGGAGAAAAUAAAUGGAGCAUCAUCAUCAA